AUGUCGCUGAUCAAGUUGUGCAACCAAUGGCCUGGAGGGAUCCCCUCCUAUAUUCGUCGCCACGAACAGCCUGAGGAUGAUGUGAUUUCCGCCAGUCGCGCUUGGCGGCAUUUUGUUCGCGAGCAAUGGACCGACAGUAGCUAUGAGUCCCGAGCGCCGGAGGAUGAGCCUACUUUCGAGGACCUUGAACAAGACGGUUGUCUCUAUGGCAUUCCAGACUGCUGGCUAUAUGAUGUUCAUAUCUGUAUCUCCGAAUGGACUGCCGUGAAGCAAGCUCUACUCGCGAAAUGUGUUCUUGCAUUAUUCCCAUGGGAUGGCAGUUAUGAGCAUCUGGCACGAAAUAUGCCAUUAUGGAUGCCUUUUGAAGACAACCAAGGGGAUAUCUUAAGCACGUUCAAGUUCCGCCUAAGCGUCGCCCAGCCGAAUUUCCUAGACAUGCAUAUGGCACAGGAUGGGACCGUCUUAUUCUUAGACACGUCUCCAAAGCUGAUUAUUGAUGACCGCACUCUGGAAACCGGACUGGCACUCUGGGUUCAAUUCGCAACCAACGGCACAACGCAGCGAGCUUACCGGAGUCAGAUGCUCAUCGACGGCUUUCCUGACUUAUAUCGCGAGGUGCAUCCGAAUCAGGAUCCAUUGGAGCUCGUACUGGAGCAUAUGGGAGAACAAGAGGAGCAUGAUAAUCCACAAGUGAUUCAGGAGGAUGAAUCGGUUGAUAUGCGCCGUCCGUUCGCGGAGGUGUAUCUUGUGGGGUCAUAUUAUGGGGAGAACGGUCAUGAGCGGAUGAAACAAGAGCUACGCGACCUAGUUGAUCAAUAUGCACCUGGAUUCCGUGAGGCUGAGGAGAGAGGUAAUGGUGUAGCGAUUGGGUAUGAUUUGCAGCGAAUACUUGUAGAUGAGGGACGUCCGCUAUGGAUCACGGAAGAUCCAUUAAACUGA